AUGAGCUCUGAUGCGGAAAUGGCCGUUUUUGGAGAAGCAGCUCCCUAUCUGCGGAAACCAGAGAAGGAGAGAAUUGAAGCGCAGAACCGCCCAUUUGAUUCUAAGAAAUCCUGCUUUGCAGUGGAUGAUAAGGAAUUAUACGUGAAAGGUAUGAUUCAGAGCAGAGAAGAUGACAAAGUCACGGUCAAGACCCUCGAUGACCGGACUCUCACUCUGAACAGUGACCAGGUCUUCCCCAUGAACCCUCCCAAAUUUGACAAGAUCGAGGACAUGGCCAUGAUGACCCAUCUGCAUGAGCCCGCUGUCCUGUACAACCUCAAAGAGCGCUAUGCAGCCUGGAUGAUCUACACCUACUCGGGCCUCUUCUGUGUCACUGUCAACCCUUACAAGUGGCUGCCGGUGUAUAACCCCGAGGUGGUGGCUGCCUACCGAGGCAAAAAGCGCCAGGAGGCCCCGCCCCACAUCUUCUCCAUUUCUGACAAUGCCUAUCAGUUCAUGCUGACUGAUCGAGACAACCAGUCUAUUCUCAUCACCGGAGAAUCUGGUGCGGGGAAGACGGUGAACACCAAGCGUGUCAUCCAGUACUUUGCAACAAUUGCAGUUACUGGGGACAAGAAGAAGGAACAGCAGCCAGGCAAAAUGCAGGGGACCCUGGAGGAUCAGAUCAUCCAGGCCAACCCCCUGCUGGAGGCCUUUGGAAAUGCCAAGACCGUGAGGAAUGACAACUCCUCGAGAUUUGGGAAGUUCAUUCGGAUUCAUUUUGGAGCCACAGGAAAGCUGGCAUCGGCAGACAUUGAAACCUAUCUCUUAGAGAAAUCCAGAGUGACAUUUCAGUUAUCCAGUGAGAGGAGCUAUCAUAUUUUUUACCAAAUCAUGUCAAACAAAAAGCCAGAACUAAUUGACCUGCUUCUGAUCUCAACCAACCCCUUUGACUUCCCCUUCGUGAGCCAAGGAGAGGUCACCGUGGCCAGCAUCGAUGAUAGCGAAGAACUGUUGGCAACUGAUAAUGCCAUUGACAUCCUGGGCUUCAGCUCCGAGGAGAAGGUUGGGAUCUACAAGCUCACGGGCGCCGUGAUGCACUACGGGAACAUGAAGUUCAAGCAGAAGCAGCGGGAGGAGCAGGCGGAGCCCGACGGCACCGAAGUGGCUGACAAAGCUGGAUACCUGAUGGGUCUGAAUUCUGCAGAAAUGCUGAAAGGCCUGUGCUGUCCGAGGGUGAAGGUCGGGAACGAGUAUGUCACUAAAGGGCAAAACGUCCAGCAGGUGACCAACUCCGUGGGUGCUCUGGCCAAAUCCAUCUACGAAAAGAUGUUCCUGUGGAUGGUCACCCGCAUCAACCAGCAGCUGGACACCAAGCAGCCCAGGCAGUACUUCAUCGGGGUGUUGGACAUCGCUGGCUUUGAGAUCUUCGAUUACAACAGCCUGGAGCAGCUGUGCAUCAACUUCACCAACGAGAAACUGCAACAGUUUUUCAACCACCACAUGUUCGUGCUGGAGCAGGAGGAGUACAAGAAGGAAGGCAUCGAGUGGGAGUUCAUUGACUUCGGGAUGGACCUGGCUGCAUGCAUUGAGCUCAUCGAGAAGCCCAUGGGCAUCUUCUCCAUCCUGGAAGAGGAGUGCAUGUUCCCCAAGGCCACAGACACCUCCUUCAAGAACAAGCUGUAUGACCAGCACCUGGGCAAGUCUGCCAACUUCCAGAAGCCCAAGGUUGUCAAAGGCAAGGCCGAGGCCCACUUCUCGCUGGUGCACUACGCGGGCACCGUGGACUACAACAUUGCCGGCUGGCUUGACAAGAACAAGGACCCCCUGAACGAGACCGUGGUCGGGCUGUACCAGAAAUCUUCCCUGAAGCUGCUGUCCUUUCUUUUCUCCAACUAUGCUGGUGCAGAAGCAGGUGACUCCGGGGGGAGCAAGAAAGGAGGGAAGAAGAAGGGCUCCUCCUUCCAGACCGUGUCGGCGGUGUUCAGGGAAAACCUAAACAAACUGAUGACCAACCUGAGGAGCACUCACCCUCACUUUGUACGAUGUCUGAUUCCCAAUGAAACCAAGACUCCUGGCGUGAUGGACCACCACCUGGUCAUGCACCAGCUGCGCUGCAACGGGGUCCUCGAGGGCAUCCGCAUCUGCCGGAAAGGCUUCCCCAGCCGCCUCCUCUAUGCCGACUUCAAGCAGCGCUACCGGCUCCUCAACGCCAGUGCCAUCCCGGAAGGGCAGUUCAUUGACAGUAAAAAUGCCUCUGAGAAGCUUCUGAACUCCAUCGAUGUGGACCGGGGGCAGUACCGGUUUGGCCACACCAAGGUGUUUUUCAAAGCUGGGCUCCUGGGACUCCUGGAGGAGAUGAGGGAUGAGAAGCUGGUGAUCCUGAUGACGCGCACGCAGGCCCUGUGCCGAGGGUACCUGAUGCGGGUGGAGUUCAAGAAGAUGAUGGAGAGGAGGGACUCCAUCUUCUGCAUCCAGUACAACAUUCGCUCUUUUAUGAACGUCAAGCACUGGCCCUGGAUGAACCUGUUCUUCAAGAUCAAGCCCCUCCUCAAGAGUGCGGAGGCGGAGAAGGAGAUGGCCACCAUGAAGGAAGACUUCCAGAGGGCCAAGGAGGAACUGGCCAGGUCUGAGGCUCGCCGGAAGGAGCUGGAGGAGAAAAUGGUGUCCCUGCUGCAGGAAAAGAAUGACCUCCAGUUGCAGGUCCAGUCUGAAACGGAAAACCUGAUGGACGCCGAGGAGCGGUGUGAGGGGCUCAUCAAAUGCAAGAUUCAACUGGAAGCAAAGGUCAAGGAGCUGAAUGAGAGGCUGGAAGAGGAGGAAGAAACGAACUCUGAGCUUGUUGCCAAGAAGAGGAACCUGGAGGAUAAGUGCUCCUCUCUCAAAAGAGACAUCGACGACCUGGAGCUGACCCUGACCAAAGUGGAGAAGGAGAAGCAUGCCACGGAGAACAAGCUCGAGGGCUGCCUGGAGCAGGAGAAGAAGCUGCGGGCCGACCUGGAGAGAGUGAAGAGGAAGCUGGAAGGAGACCUGAAGAUGGCCCAGGAAGCCAUCAUGGAUCUGGAGAACGACAGGCAGCAAGUAGAGGAGAAACUGAAAAAGAAGGAGUUUGAGAUCAGUCAGUUACAGAGCAAGAUGGACGACGAGCAAGUCCACAGUCUGCAGUUACAGAAGAAGAUUAAAGAGCUGCAGGCCCGCACGGAGGAGCUGGAGGAAGAAAUGGAAGCAGAACGCACGCUCAGAGGCAGGAUUGAGAAGCAGCGCUCGGACCUCUCCCGGGAGCUGGAGGAGAUCAGCGAGCGGCUGGAGGAAAGCCAGCGCGCAACCUCAGUCCAGGUCGAGAUGAACAAGAAGCGGGAGGCCGAGUUCCAGAAGCUGCGCAGGGACCUGGAGGAGGCCACCCUGCAGCACGAAGUCACGACGGCUGCUCUGAGGAAGAAGCACGGUAGGUCGUGGCCUGAGCUGGGGGAGCAGAUAGACAACCUGCAAAGGGUUAAACAAACUUCACAAAAAGACAGGACAGCCAGCGAAGCUAAUCUACCAGACAGCCCGGGCCACUCUGGACACCAGGAACCCAUUUCCCACUCACGUUGGCUUGUUUUUAAGAGUAACAUGGAGAGACUGUGCCGGACUGUGGAAGACCAGUUUAAUGAAAUCAAAGCCAAGGAUGACCAGCAGACACAGUUAAUCCACGAUCUGAACAUGCAGAAGGCGAGACUGCAGACCCAAAACGGGGAGCUGAGCCACCAAGUAGAAGAAAAGGAGGUGCUGGUUUCACAGCUCACCAAAGGCAAGCAGGCCCUCACCCAGCAGCUGGAGGAGCUGAAGAGGCAACUGGACGAAGAAACCAAGGCCAAGAACGCCCUGGCCCACGCCCUGCAGUCCUCCCGCCACGACUGUGACCUGCUGCGGGAACAGUAUGAGGAGGAGCAGGAAGCCAAGGCUGAGCUGCAGAGGGCGCUGUCCAAGGCCAACAGCGAGGUUGCCCAGUGGAGGACCAAGUAUGAGACGGACGCCAUCCAGCGCACGGAGGAGCUGGAGGAGGCCAAGAAAAAGCUGGCCCAGAGGCUCCAGGAAGCGGAGGAAAACACGGAGGCCGUGAGUGCCAAGUGCGCGUCCCUGGAGAAAACCAAGCAGCGGCUCCAGGGCGAAGUGGACGACCUGAUGCUGGGCCUGGAGCGGGCCAACGCCGCCUGCGCCACCCUGGACAAGAAGCAGAGGAACUUCGACAAGGUCCUGGCAGAGUGGAAGCAGAAGCUGGAUGAGGGCCAAGCUGAGUUGGAAGCAGCUCAGAAAGAGUCCCGGUCGCUGAGCACCGAAAUCUUCAAGAUGCGGAACGCCUACGAGGAGGUGGUGGAUCAGCUGGAGACGCUGAGGCGGGAGAAUAAAAAUCUGCAAGAGGAGAUUUCCGACCUAACCGAGCAGAUGGCAGAAAAUGGCAAGCACCUUCAGGAGGUGGAGAAGACCAAGAAGCAAGUGGAGCAGGAAAAGUCGGACCUCCAGGCUGCCCUCGAGGAGGUGGAGGGCUCCUUGGAACAUGAAGAGAGCAAGAUUUUGCGUGUCCAGCUAGAGCUGAGCCAGGUAAGAUCCGAGCUUGACCGCAAAGUCACGGAGAAGGAUGAAGAAAUCGAGCAGCUAAAGAGAAACAGCCAGCGGGCAGCAGAGGCCAUGCAGACCAUGCUGGAUGCGGAGAUCCAGAGCCGGAACGACGCCCUACGGCUGAAGAAGAAGAUGGAGGGAGACCUCAAUGAGAUGGAGAUCCAGCUGGGCCACUCCAACCGCCAGCUGGCGGAGACCCAGAAGCACCUGCGCACAGUCCAGGGCCAGCUCAAGGACUCCCAGCUGCAGCUGGACGACGCCCUGAGGAGCAACGAGGACCUCAAGGAGCAGCUGGCCAUCACGGAGCGCAGGAGCGGCCUGCUGCUGGAGGAGCUGGAGGAGAUGAAGGUGGCCCUGGAGCAGACCGAGCGGACCCGCAGGCUGUCCGAGCAGGAGCUGCUGGACGCCAGCGACCGGGUGCAGCUGCUGCACUCCCAGAACACAAGCCUGAUAAACAUCAAGAAGAAACUGGAAGCUGACAUAGCCCAGUGCCAGGCAGAGGUGGAGAACUCUAUCCAGGAAUCCAGAAACGCAGAGGAGAAGGCCAAGAAAGCCAUCACAGAUGCGGCCAUGAUGGCCGAGGAGCUGAAGAAGGAGCAGGACACCAGCGCCCACCUGGAGCGGAUGAAGAAGAACCUGGAGCAGACGGUGAAGGACCUGCAGCACCGUCUGGAUGAGGCUGAGCAGCUGGCCCUGAAGGGCGGGAAGAAGCAGAUCCAGAAGCUGGAGAACCGGGUGAGGGAGCUGGAAAACGAGCUGGAUGCUGAGCAGAAGAGGGGAGCCGAAGCUCUGAAGGGGACACACAAAUACGAGCGAAAAGUCAAGGAGAUGACUUACCAGGCCGAGGAGGACCGCAAGAACAUCCUGAGGCUCCAGGACCUGGUGGACAAGCUGCAGGCCAAAGUGAAGGCGUACAAGAGGCAGGCCGAGGAGGCCGAGGAGCAGGCCAACACGCAGCUGUCCAGAUGCCGGAGGGCCCAGCACGAGCUGGAGGAGGCCGAGGAGCGGGCAGACAUCGCCGAGUCCCAGGUCAACAAACUCAGGGCCAAGAGCCGAGAUGUCGGGGGCCAGGUGAGAGCAGACUUCCCUAGACGUGCUGAGCCCCAGGGAGGGUUCAGAGGAAGAUGGAAGAAUGAGGCCCUCCUGAUGCCUGUUGCCAUGGGCACCUCCAGCAUCCUCCCUAUUGUCAUCAUCAUCAUCAUCAUCAUCAUCACUGUCCCUGCUAUCACUGUCAUCAUUUCUAUCCUUACCACCGCCACCACUGUCAUCACCAUGGUCACCACCAUCAUCAUCAUCAUUGCUGAAUAUUAG